UGCAGUUUUCGGUAAAUUUACCGGAUGCGGAAGUGUCUCGAACCGGACGUAAACAACAGGUCUGUGUCGCAGAGAUGGUGUACGUGUCCAACGGUCAGGUUCUGGACAACAGGACCCAGUCACCGUGGCGAUUAUCCUUUUUCAGUGACUUGUUCUGGGGGGCUGUGGAGUUUAUCGGCCUGUUCUUUCAGACGCUGGUUCAGCCAGACCUGACGAAGGAUGGCAAAGCUGGCUCCGCCUCUCGCUUCACCGACGGGAGAGGACCCCCAGGGCCCCCGGGAGGCCGCAGGCGGAUGGGCAGGAUAAACCACGGAGGAGGAGGGCCCAGCGCCCCCCCCAUGGGAGGAGGAGGAUGAGGAAGGUAAACGCCUACACCUGCUGUGUAGGCGUGGGCUAGUGCACGGUGGCAGUCUCCGGCCAUGAGCCCGAUCAACGAUGUCAUCGUGCCAGACCCCCUCCUCAUUGGCUGCUUCUGCCUGUGGCAGACUCUUGACGCCACCCUGGGAAUUCCUCAGCGUAGGAACCGGGGAGGGCUGACACAGCAGCUUCCUGUUCCUGUCACACUCAAUGUCACUCUAGUCAUUCAUCAGGUUUUUCUUUUUUGUAUCCCCUGCUAAAUAAAGUGUAGUCGUUUUGAAAUGUCA